AUGUUUCAGGUGUACGUCUUACCUGAUGGAUAUGAGGUCAAAGAUUCCUCUUUAGAUGAUAUCAGAUAUGUGCUCCAUCCGACAUUCACCAAGGAGCAAGUCUCCCAAUUAGACCAGAAUAUCAAACAUUCAUACGACUUGAAUAAUAAAAAAUAUUUACCAGGAUUUGUCGGUCUCAAUAACGUCAAAGCAAACGACUACGUUAACGUGGUAAUACAAGCGUUGGCGCACAUUCCUCCGCUUCGGGAUUAUUUCAUUUUACAAAAUUUCGAUAAAAAGUCUCAGUUAGUUCAGCGGUUCAGUACGCUUGUUCGAAAAAUUUGGAAUCCAAGAGCUUUCAAAGGUCAAGUCAGUCCUCACGAGUUACUCCAGGAAAUUUCCAAUGCUAGUAACAAACGUUUCAAGCUUUCCGAGCAAAGCGAUCCCAUUGACUUUCUGUGUUGGUUUCUGAACACCCUGCACCGAGAUUUGGGCGGAACAAAGAAAUCGAACAGCAGUAUAAUUCAUAAAAUAUUUCAGGGGGAGGUUAAGGUCGAGUCCCAGUUGGUGGUUGUGAAAUCGGACACCGGGGAAAAGGAUCGAUUGUCUUUUGACGUUGAUCGAGAAAUCGAGAUGACACAGUUACCAUUCAUCCUGUUAAGUUUGGAUUUACCUCCACCACCCUUGUUCCAGGAUGAAGUCGAAAAAAAUAUCAUUCCACAAAUUUCAUUGGCGACAAUACUCUCAAAGUAUGAUGGCCGUACCCCUCAGGAAUCGGCCGGAACGCUGAAAAGUUCACAACUUAUUCGACUACCCAACUACCUUAUCUUCCACAUCAAGCGUUUCACCAAGAAUAACUGGGCCGCGGAGAAGAACCCAACCAUCGUUAAUUUCCCCAUUAAAAACCUGGAUAUGCGAGACUACUUGGAAAACCCUAACGAAGAACAGUUCAGCACAUAUUACGACAUGAUUGCUAACAUUUGUCACGAAGGAAAGCCGGGAAAAGGGAAGGGGACGUACAGAGUACACGUUCAACACCGCGGUUCCAAGGAUCAAUGGUUUCAAAUUCAGGACCUGAUUGUUGAAGAGAUAAAUGCCCACAUGAUAUUUUUGUCUGAAAGUUACAUUCAGAUCUGGGAACGGAAGGUACAAAAUAUGGAUAUGGAAAUCGACUAG